GCAGCUUUCCGUACCUGAGCUGCCGUUUUGUUGAUAUUUUUCUCUACCAGCUGACUGGCAGCCGAGAUGACGAGCAGCUCCACACAAGCUGACCCUCUCAGUUUAAUGUCCUCCGGCCAGCGGCACCUUUCAGGGCGGAGGGAGCACCAGCAGCGUUCAGGAAGCGGUCGCCUGCAUGCCGAGCGGAGCCGCAGCUGAGAAUGGCCGCUGUUUGCUAAGCAGCCGUUAGCCGUUAGCCAGUUAGCAGCUUUAGCUCCAAGCUAGCAGGCAGCAGCUUCGUUCGCCGAUGUUUGCAGAAGUCAUGGAGGGGAUUUUAUACAAGUGGACUAAUUACAUGACAGGCUGGCAGCCGCGCUGGUUCGUCCUAGAGGACGGCGUAAUCUCGUACUACGACAGCGAGGAUGACGUCGGUAAAGGCAGCAAAGGAUCCAUCAAGAUGUCUGUGUGUGACAUUAAAGUUCAUCCGACAGAUUCGACUCGGUUGGAGUUGAUCAUUCCCGGCGAGCAGCAUUUCUACGUGCGAGCUGUUAACGCUGCGGAGAGGCAGAGGUGGCUGGUGGCGUUGGGAUCAUCCAAAGCUGGCACUCUGGAAAGCCACAAACACAGAGGUUCAGACUGUCUGAAAACCAAGAUGUCUGAACUCCGUCUGUACUGUGACCUCCUCGUCCAGCAAGUCCAGACUGUCCAAUCACAGCACACCGCUGAUGCAGAAACUCCGCCCACUUCUGAGGCCUCGCUGCUCAGCGCCACCUGUGAGACGUUCAUCAGGACGUUGGAGGACUGCAUGAGCCUGGCCAACCAGAGCCUGACCCCUGACCUCCGACCUCCUGAAAGGAUGAAGCGCUCCAUCAGCCACCCUGGGACGUACAGCUUUGACAGGUCAGGUGUACUAAAGGAGUACGUGGGUGGAGGUCAGAGGUCAGCUCAGCGGAGACAGCGGACGUCCUCCGACAGCUCCGUCUAUGAGACUGAACGUCUGCUGCCCACUCUCAACGGUGACUCGUCCUCCAUUCCUGAGGAGAGGGGAGGCAGCGCGAGCCCAAAGACCACACCGACGGACACAGACACCGACCUCUCCAUCUGAACUCCUGGACUCCAUCCGGGCGCCGAUGAACAUGAAGUAAAGGUCGAGUCUAGGAUUUAGGAUCGUCCCUCCUGUGUUUUCUCUAAAGAAUCAGCUGAGCGCCUGGGAGUCAUUGGGUUUCUUUCUGUGGGUGGUUCAUUUAAGCACUGGAGAGGUGGAAAAGGCAGCGGACUUGUUUGUAAAGCUGAGCUGGGAUGCUUGAAGAGCCUGGGACUGGAGGAGCUGCCUUCAGCAGAGCACCACAGUCCCGCUCUGGAGAAACCCAGGUCCUGUUCCAGUAGAAGGCAGCUGAUCGGAUCAGGCAGCUCGUUGGCACAAUGUGAACAUUAAGAACUUACUGUGAAUCGCUGGGUUCUGGACAGAUGCUGCUUCAAACGGGCCCGAGAAUGUAAAUCUGUCUGUGGGGAAGUCUUCAAGGCUCUGCCGCUCUCUGACAGCGGUCGCUCAGUCUUUGCUCCUCUGCUUCCUUCUGAAAGCUAAAACUCCAUCCCUCCGUGUGACAGCUCUGAUCUGAUACAACUGCCUCAUUAUUUCAUUACAAACAGCCGUAUCUCCGCCGCACUCUGCCGUUUGAUUGGCUGCGCCACCGUUUUGUUAAGCCUAUAAAGAGACGGACUGUCUCAGUGGGUCCGGACAGCGCUGAGCUCACAGUGUAGACUGCUUUUAUUGGGGCUGAAGAUGUUUACAGGCAAUCACCAAUGGUAAACAUAAGCCAGCUGCCCUGUCACAAACAGUCCAUGUCUGGGUGUCAACCGGCUGCAGUCGGAUCACAUGAAGGGAGCUGGCUUGUUACUUGUUACUGAUAUUUAUAUUUUGAGCAUUUGCUGUACUUUAGGGAUGGAUUCCAGUCCAACAUGGCCUCCUGGCCCUGAUGACACUGAGCAGAGUGACUUAUUUCUUCUAUGAAUGUAUGUGGGAAACAGAUUUGCUGAAAGGUGGUAUAGCUGACAGCAGGUGAGUGUAUGGCAUGGCAGCCAGCGAUCUGUGUAUCCAUCUUUAACUUGGUUGUGUUACAGAGGCUUGAGUUGCAACUUUAACUGCAGUUUUUGACUGGACUACAAAAGCAGGACGUGGUUCUGUGAACUUUUAGUUACAGCACAUAACGGCAGCGGGAGUCUGAGAAUACAAGCGGCUACACAUAAAAAGGUUUUGUAGCUUUAAAUAUUUUCACAUGGGUUUUUUUGUUAACUGGUCAUUUAGCAUCUUUGCCAUCUUGUGCCCGUCUAGUUAGGGCUGUUUGUUAUCCUACUUUUUCUGCCAACCACGUGUCGAUCUGUGCCACCGGCACGAUGUUCUUUCUACUGAUGAUUUAAAGCUACUGUCUGCUAUCUACUAAACGCUGCUGUAAGGAAAUCUACGUAUAUGAAUCCAUAAAAAGUAUCUGCUUGGAGUUA